CUUCACCAAAACCAAACACAUCGUAACAUGUCUUCUCCAACUGCACUAGCAAUAAUUUCUCUCCUUAUCUUCACUUUCAUAUACCUAUUAUUCACAACCUUUUUUCAUCCAAAACAGAAAAACAGUAACAACAAAAAGCCACCAGGUCCACCAACUCUACCGAUAAUCGGAAACCUUCACAUGUUAGGCAAACUUCCACAUCGAACACUUCAUUCACUCUCCAAAAAAUAUGGUCCAAUCAUGUCCUUACAACUUGGUCAAGUACCAGCUGUUGUCAUUUCAUCUUCAAAAGCAGCAGAACUAUUCCUCAAAACACACGACCUAGCUUUCGCAAGCCGACCAAAGAUUCAAGGAUCUGAGCUCAUGUCUUAUGGUUCCAAAGGGUUGACCUUUUCUGAGUAUGGUCCUUAUUGGCGUAGUGUAAGGAAACUUUGCACUUUGGAACUUCUUAGUGCUUCUAAAGUUGAGAUGUUUGCUCCUAUUAGAAAACAAGAGUUGAGUGUUUUGAUUAAAUCAUUGGAGAAAGCUGCUUUGGUGGGUGAGGUUGUGAAUAUUAGUGAUGCUGUAGAAAAUCUUGUUGAAGAUAUUAUAUUUAAGAUGAUAUUAGGUAGGAGUAAGUAUGAGCAAUUUGACUUGAAGAGGCUUGUUAGAGAAAUAAUGGUUUUAUUUGGAGCUUUUAAUCUGGCUGAUUAUAUUCCUUGGUUAGGAGUAUUUGAUCUUCAGGGAUUAACACGAGGUUUCAAGAAAAUCAGUAAAACAUUGGAUGAGAUGCUAGAGAUGAUAAUAUCAGAGCAUGAACAAAUUACUAAUGUAGAUAAAACUCGCCGUGAAGACUUUGUAGACAUACUUCUUUCGAUUAUCCACCAGACCAUUGAUCACGAUAGUGAGCAAAAUCAUGUCAUUGAUCGAACAAACAUCAAGGCUAUUUUACUCGACAUGAUAGUUGCAGCAACUGAUUCCUCUGCUAUAUCAAUUGAGUGGAUUUUAUCUGAACUAUUAAGACAUCCAAGAGUGAUGAAAAUUCUUCAAAAUGAGAUACAAGAUGAAGUAGGAAAUAAGAGAAUGGUUGAAGAGAAGGAUUUGAAAAAGUUAAAGUACCUAGAUAUCGUAGUUGAUGAAACCUUAAGACUUCGUCCUACUGCACCUUUUCUAAUUCCUCGUGAAUCUAGAGAAAGCGUCAUAAUUGAUGGUUAUUUAAUAGAAAAAAAGACUCGAGUUAUGAUUAAUAUAUGGACAAUAGGGAGAGAUCCUAAUAUUUGGUCCGAAAAUGCUGAAGAGUUUUAUCCAGAGAGAUUUAUUGACAAAAAACUGAAUUAUCAAGGACACGAGUUUGAAUCUCUCCCAUUUGGUUCUGGUCGUAGGGGUUGUCCUGGAACUCAAUUGGCCUUAAUUACUAUUAAGUUGGUUAUUGCUCAAUUGGUGCAUUGUUUUGAUUGGGAACUUCCAUAUAAUAUUAAUCCUUCCAACUUGAACAUGGAGGAAAAUUUUGGAAUCGCAACACCAAGAGUCCAACAUUUGCAUGCAAUACCGCAUUAUCGUUUGGGAUUAACACGAGGUUUCAAGAAAAUCAGUAAAACAUUGGAUGAGAUGCUAGAGAUGAUAAUAUCAGAGCAUGAACAAAUUACUAAUGUAGAUAAAACUCGCCGUGAAGACUUUGUAGACAUACUUCUUUCGAUUAUCCACCAAACCAUUGAUCACGAUAGUGAGCAAAAUCAUGUCAUUGAUCGAACAAACAUCAAGGCUAUUUUACUCGACAUGAUAGCGGCAUCAACUGAUACCUCUGCUAUAUCAAUUGAGUGGACUUUAUCUGAACUAUUAAGGCAUCCAAGAGUGAUGAAAAAUCUUCAAAAUGAGAUACAAGAUGAAGUAGGAAAUAAGAGAAUGGUUGAAGAGAAGGAUUUGAAAAAGUUAAAGUACCUAGAUAUCGUAGUUGAUGAAACCUUAAGACUUCGUCCUACUGCACCUUUUCUAAUUCCUCGUGAAUCUAGAGAAAGCGUCAUAAUUGAUGGUUAUUUAAUAGAGAAAAAUACUCGAGUUAUGAUUAAUAUAUGGACAAUAGGGAGAGAUCCUAAUAUUUGGUCCGAAAAUGCUGAAGAAUUUUAUCCAGAGAGAUUUAUUAACAAAAAAAUGAAUUAUCAAGGACACGAGUUUGAAUCUCUCCCAUUUGGUUUUGGUCGUAGGGGUUGUCCUGGAACUCAAUUGGGCGUAAUUACUAUUAAGUUGGUUGUUGCUCAAUUGGUGCAUUGUUUUAAUUGGGAACUUCCAUAUAAUAUUAACCCUUCCAACUUGAACAUGGAGGAAAAAUUUGGACUCGCAACACCAAGAGUCCAACAUUUGCAUGCAAUACCGCAUUAUCGUUUGGUUGAUGUCAAACACGAAUAA